AUGGCAACAAAAACCCUUUCUGUACAUAAUAAACAUAAAUUUAUUGUUCGCAUUAUCAAGAUAGUAAAACAUUAAUGUGUCUUCUUACACGCUACUGGUAAAUAUAAAGUGGACAUAAUCACUUUACAGUAUGAGCAGUAUUGGCCUUCCUGUAUGGUCAAGAUAUCAUCCAGUUAUACCAAAAAGAUACACACCUGAAUGGACAAACGAUAUGAGAAAUCGACGUCUCAUUUUGCAGAACUGCAAGCAAGUUAACUAUCCUACCGGCCCAUUUCACACAAGCAUAUUUCUAGACAACAGAGAACGUCUGAAUCACGUCGAACCUAAGGAAAUGGUGGAAAGCAAAAGGAUAUUUGUAUCGAGAGAUAGACUAUUAAAUCCUUGGAUUUAUUCCCCUUUAUCAAAGUAUCGAAGCAGUCUAAUGCAUCAUGUAUAAACUCGGUACUGUCUUUACCACAACAGUUGCAAUGAAGAACGUGAUGAACAUUCAUGAUAGAAAAAUACUACUAGCAAAACUUAAUACGUCAAUUUUGGAAGCUAUGAUCGAGUACUUCAAUUAAAAAAUAGUGUUUUUCCAAUACUCAUGUCACGUCUUAUUUAUUGUGCAAGUGUUAAAUAGAAUCAAAAUUUAAUGCAA